AUUGAUCAUGGCACAGUGCGAAACCCCUAACACUGAUAGUUCCAUCAAAGUUCACUGUAGUCCUCAGCGCUUUUUUCUGGAUUGCAGGGUCUGUAAUUGAGUUCUAGGUUGGAGUGAAUUUUCUGUUCGAUGUGAAAUCAUUAAGGUUGGUGCUAGGAUGAGGAUCACAAGUUAUUAAAAGAUACUUUAUCCUUUUACUUACAAUAAAAACAAAAACAAACGUACGUAGCGUUGGCGGAUUAAGAAGUUUACAGACCAAAGGACUACAACGACACAACGAUCAUGGCAAAAUUAUUCCGGAUCGUGAAACUCCACGACAGAUUCAAUACAGAAGUCUUCACAUUUCAGCUUCCGGCUAAACUAAUCAAAGACAACGCCCCCACUUCUUUCUCAAAAGAAAUUGUUUAUGGCUACCAAAAAUGGACAACAAAUUUUGUGAAAAGCGAGAAACACUUGGGCGCGUUCCUGAAGCUCCAAACGGCGUCUCCACAUGUAGUAUGCCGGGUGGACUAUGCCUUUACCAUGGUUAACACAGAACACUUCACAAAAAACGAAACUUUUAUCGAAAAGGGUUCAGAAUUCUCAAAAGAAUGCGACACCAGGGGACGCCAAACAUUCAUAUCGUUGGAGGAUCUGGUGACGCGGACAUUUAUACAACAAACUGGGGACUUCCUGGUGGAAUUGGAACUAAGAUAUGUGACUACAGCCAUGGAAUGUUUCAUCCGUAUUCCAAAAGACUACCAUACUAAAUACGCAAGCAACACGAAACUUGAAACACCGUAUUUUAGUUUCGGAUUAUUUGACUGGAGUAUUUCUCUGUAUCCGAACACACCCACUCAAGACACAGAGGGAAAUGUUGCAGUGCAGCUGCACAGGCACACUAACUUUGACCAUCUGUGUCGAGUUCGGUAUGACGUCAGGAUUGGUGAAAACCAAGGAUUUGAGUCAGGUACCAUAGAACAGUGGUUAGACGGAAGUGGAAACGGUGAACCCUACAUCAUCGGGUCUACAAUACAUAUACUUUCCAGGGGGCGUUCUACUAUUCGUGUCCGCGUGAACAUGUACUCUGUUGUGUCUAUGAGCGAGGCGGCACUUUCGGUCUUAAAUAAGAACCGCAAUCGCGUGCACUUGUACGACAGAGACAAACAAGCUUGGAUGUUAGAAUCUGACAUCUCAGGAAAAUAUCUUGCCUUUAAACUCUACUAUACCGACGUGUCACAUGUUCCCAGAAAAUGCACCCGACUUGUCAGCUUUGACUUAGCAGUGUUAUCCGUUGACCUUGACCGACCAACGAUCAAAGCUAGCAAUGGCCCAUUUAGCCGAUAUUACGUACAAGAGGACUUGGAUGAAGGAUUCAAAAUGCACACAAAUAUUCUGGUUAGAGAGCUCCAGGAUCCCCGGUGUGAAUUUCUCUCAGCAGACGACCAGAAAGUGACAGUACACAUCCAUUGGAUAGAUUCCCAUCUCUUAACCACGCCCACUUAUCACAGCCUCGAUGAUGUCAGCAGAUUACAUAAACACCAGAUGACGCGGGAGAUUCUGGCCCUUCAGUCUGAGAACUACGCCCUGGAAAAACAGCUAUACAGCUACCAGAAAUCUAUUGCUCGAACAAACUCCAGAGGGCAGUCCGAAUCGGACGAUUGUCUUAACGAUAGAAUCCAUUAUCGAUAAGACAUGCAGUAUCCGAACGAGAGUAAUGAGUGGGACCGGAUCCGACAGUGACCGGAUAUUAUUAAGCAAGAAAGUAAAUCGAAUGAGUAUUCCCUAUCCGAUACUUUGAACGAAUUUUAUUUUGAUAGCACUCAGUUUUUUUCCACUACUCGAUAAAUAAUCGAUGUCACUUAUGGGAUUUUUCACAGCACUACGUUACACAACAAUGACCUGCACAGUUUGUAGCAUUAAAUUGAACUUAUACGUACAUCAAUGGAAAACAGAAAAUUCAUCUUAAUUACGUACAUCAAUGGAAAACAGAAAAUUCAUCUUGAUUAAAAGUUUGCACGUUAGAAUUAGAAACUGCAGAAAAUGAUUGAGAUUAAUUUCACAAUUAGCACAUCAUCACGUGUCAAAAAAACAAAAACUGCUUAAUAAAAUCUUGUAACGUUCUAAUUAUAUUUUUAUCUUUUUUCCCGACAUUGAUGAAUGUUUCGGCAAGCACGUGAGAGAAUCAACUAUACAUUUCUCUAGAUAAGUACUGCGUGAAUAAAAUUUAAAAAU